GUAACGCGACAGAUGCUCAGAUGAGGCGUGGAGGACGACACGAUUUACACAUUGAUCGGAUUACUACUGCACUUACACGAUAAAAUGCGACUCUCGGCACGUUUUAAAGCCUAACUGCGUUUAUACGAUGGACAUUUAUGGAUGGAAACGCACCUGCUUUGAGGAGACGCGGUGAGAAUGAAGAUUCUGUUUGCCAGCAGGGGAUAUUAAGCUAAAAGACUUUAAUGGGGAAAAUCAGAAGAAUCCCAUUAAGAUGACACGCACAGAUCCACCUGACAUACUCGGAUCAGCUGUGUAUCAAGAUGUCAAAGUGAAUUCCCUCUCGACGCACUCCAAACCCUUUAAUCCCUCAAAACAAUGUGAUUCCCCAUCCAUCAGCAAACUGGAGGACACUCGAAAAAGCAAAAAGAGGCACUGCCGUAGCUUUGACGCUGAGUCUAUGGACAAACUCAGAUAUCAUACAAUAGCAAUGGAGUACCCAUACAGAAGGGCUGAAAGGUACGCCGCUAAUCCAGAGGUUGCCUGGAAUGCCUUAGGUCGCCAACAUGUGCACCGUUUCUCUUCUCCAGACCUGUUUAACUUCCGUCUCGCCUCCCAGCCACUGCCCACUGACAUGCCUGGUGACGUUGUCGUGACAGACCUCAAGAGGAGGACCAGAUCGAGAAGUGCUUCACGAGUUCAGACCACCCUCACCCCGGUAUCGUUUGACACUUCCCCUCCGGUGGCGAGGAGAGGCCGGGAAUCUCAAAGGGCACAUCGAAAUGCUCAAGCAAGGUCAGAGGUUUCCCCAAGAAGAGAGUCUUCCCACGCCGCUACUCGAGUACAUAUGAGUGAAGUACACCCCAUCAAACUGCAGCCACAGAGAACCGAUACCAGCCGGUACUCCCCCGUGUACGUGCCUGAAGGAUUUGAUGAUGGAAAGCUAGAGAAACCCGCUACCAGUCCUCACGUUCGGUGUCGGGUGGACAUUAAACCAGAUGAAUCAGCUAUACAGCAUGGUGAGCGAAAAUCAGCCACUCCCCAAAUGGACGUACCUUGGCAGAAAUAUCCUAGCGGCGGCAAUCGAAGUCUGACAGUACCUCGCCAUUUCUCCACUUCUAGGACUCCAACACCCACUGAAUCCUUCACGGGAGAUUACAGGCAGGCGUACCAGUAUUCCCAAAGUAUGCCAGAUAGUUACAUGCACCCUAUGGAGAUCCCUUUACAAAAGGUGGUCUCGCCACGAGAGCCGAGGGAACGCUAUGGAAGGGAACGAAGGGCUCAUUCGAGCCCAAACGUGCCAACAAAAUUCUUCUAUGCCGAGGAUCUGGCCAAGUAUGGAUCUUCAGCUCCAACAAGGACUUACUAUCAAGACGACCGAUACAGCAUUCCAACCCAGGCCUACUCGGCCAAAGUUCAAUACGUACAAGAUCCAAGAACUCACGUUGUGCAUGCUGUAUCUGCAAGGCCAUAUUUCACAGACGCUGACCCUUACCAUUACCCUGCACAACAUGUAUACCCCAAAGCCUAUGCUGCAAGUGAACCAGGGGCAUAUAUAAUACAAACUCCCCCAGGCAGGACUUUCUACGGGGAUGACCCAAGGUCAUAUCCGAUUCAAACAGCCCCUCCCCGGAUCUUCUACAUGGGUGACCCCCACCCACCAUCAAUGGAGCAUCAUUAUCCAGCGAGGGCAUAUUAUACGGAGGGCAGACGACAUGCCCGUGUGGUUCCGCCACAGUCGGAUGACUGGUACGGUUCGGAGGUGUCUGGCUACUCUAGCCAUUACCCCUCCUCGUACGUAUCACAGGUCACCCCCACAAGAGUGAGACAAGAACCAAAGCUAGAAACGUGGUAUGCCAACCCGUGCAUGGAGCCAGAAAGAACUGUAACUGACCCAAAACCGUACUCAAGGUCCUGGGAUAACAUCCUAGACACCCACGUCGAAAAGGAGCAGCCUGUGGCGCGAGGAAAGAGCGAUGAGAACCUUCUUUGUCAGGGAAUGCAAGCUUCAACGGAAAGACCAAAACCUGUGGUGGUGAAUCUCUCAAGCUCCCCAAGACGUUACGCUGCGUUGUCUUUAUCUGAAAACUCUUUGAAUGACAAAAGCCCAACGGAGGCUCAAAGUUCCUCGAGCAAGCUUUGGUAUGUCACACCUGAAAUCACCAUCACAGACAAUGACAUUAGACCCAGUAACCUUAGUAAGUCAGAGAUGCGCGCUGCGAGUUGGAAUGUGCUGGAUUCGAAAAGUGCCCAAAAUCAAGGUGAAGGGAAAUCCCACACAGCGGAGUCGACCAAAGACAGGGCGCAUGGCAGUACAUCCCUACAGCAAAGUUUAGAGCAGCUCGACGAGCUCCUGGCUGACCUUGUCAUAGAUUACAAACCCCCUGCGAGGAAGACCAGUGAAGACCUGCUCGAUCAGCUCAAGAAACUCAUCGAUGAAGAAGAGGCGGUAUCUUCGGCAAGAAAGGAUUCAAUGACGGGUUCUGAAGGUGGCAUAGACAAACAACCAACUUCCAUAAAAAUAGAUCCGGAUACUCUGCGAGACACAGACGGGAGUUGUGAUGGGCUCAGAAGCACAGAGGAGUGCUCCCCUGACCAAAGCCCGGAUGAGGAUGACACGAUGAUGUGCUCCAACAACAAAUGCCGUCGGACGGAGACAUUGUUUAAUGCCUGCCUCUACUUUAAAUCCUGUCAUAGCUGCUAUACGUACUACUGCUCACGCAACUGUCGCCGCGAAGACUGGGACAUUCACAAAGAAAGCUGCCUCUAUGGGCGAAUCAGCAGCGUGUGCCGCCACGUCAUCAAGCACUGUAGAGAAACGCCAGAGGUCCACAAAGCUUUCUCCCGUAUAGCCAAAGUGGGAUACCUGUCACGGGGCAGGGGUGUUCUGUUUUUAGGACUUCCAAAUCCGGGGUCGUCAACGAAUUUCCUCCAGUUUGGACUGGAAAGUUUGCUCAUGUCUCCGACGUACUUGUCCCUCCGUGAGCUGGAGAGCUUUAAGGAUAACCUGGGGGAUUACUGCAAGGAGCUCCAAGACGCGGGAAAGGAGUACGACCCUAAUGAAUGUUUUCUCUUGAAUGUAUCCAUCGCUGUUGGCGAUCAAGUGCCCGACGGACCGUCGCCAAGGGUCCAAACCCCAACCGUCAGGAAAUUUGCCAAGAUAGCUCUAGCCUCCUACAGCCCAGAAAAGAAAGUCCAGCGGAAGGAAAGUGACAUGGAGACAUUGAUCCUCACCCCACCGCCUGGUAUGGCUGACAUUGACAAGGAAGGAGAGGAAGGAAGGAAAGCCAGGGAGAUCUGCUUCAUCAACAUUCAACGAGAGUUGAGGAUACGUGGGGUGUUUCUACGCCACGAGUAUCCGCAUGUCUACCAAAAGCUCUGUGAAUUCGUCGAGAACAACAGGAGGUUCACGCCCACCACGAUUUACCCUAUUGACAAAAGGACCGGCAAGCAGUUUAUGUGCAUGAUUAUGGCAGCGUCUGAGCCAAGAACUUUGGACUGGGUAGCCAAUCCACAUCUCCUAGAUGACAUUAUCUAAACAAGUGCACCUUUUAUAUAUACAGUAAAUGCAUAGAGCUCACGAUAGUACAUAUAUCAAGCUUCUUUGUUAUACAUGUUUGUAGAUCUGUAUUUUGUUAAUGAAAAAAGUGUAUUCAUUCCUGCAAAGUCAGUAUUAUUCACUGUUGGAAUAAUGCCCAUUAGAUGUCUACAUUUACAUUUAUUCAUAUAGUCACAAGUUUUUUAUUUUUAUGAGUAAUUACUGCCCUCUUAUUUCUUGGUAGCAUUUCUCUUUUGAUAUGUUAUUGUUCGCAAAAACAAUCUUCUAUUUAUUUUGGAAAACUACAGAAUUAUGUACUUAUUUACGUCAGAGUUUCGAUAAUUUUUCCUAUGCAAAAAUGGCCAACAUUGUCUUCAUAAAUGUUGCUAAAGAAAAUGGUACAGUAGUUUAUUUAUUUCUCUCAAAAAUCUAAAAUGUAUUAUUAUGUUAUGUUAUGUUCAACACAGGCAUUAUAGUAUAGUAUAUUAUGAUAAAUGAUAUUAUAUUGUUAUAUUAUUAUAUUAUAUUAAAGUGGUUACAUAUUUUUUGACACAAACUUGAGAACUCUAUGAUCUUAAGACUCACAGUACAAAAAGCGCCGUUAUUUAUUAUUCGGGGUUCUCAGUUGAACGCCUUUUAAAAAGAGCUGCGUAGAUUCAAGCAGCAAAGUUUCAACACGUGGAAAUUUGUGAUCCAACUUGGUAAUUCAGUUUAGGUUUCAUCUAAAUGAAGUAAUUGGUGCUUUUCUGUGUGUGGUAGAAUUACUUGAGCAAUAAUGAACUUGGAGACGACAUUUGGAGAACAUUGUUGAUAUACUGUAUGUACUGUUCCAUCAGAAACACUGUGAACUGAGAUACUCUUACAUGUGUCAUGAGCUCCCUUGUGAUCACUUAUUAGAACUGGAAAUAUUUCAAUAGAUGUUAUGACUAUAAAUGAUUAGAGGCUUUUGUGUAGAAAACUGGAUUCACAGUUUAAUGUGUGGUGUGAUUAUAUUACGCCUGGGAAUGUUUAGUUUGUUGUUUAGUUUGUUUUUGCUGCUUUUGACCGAAAGUGAAACUCAACAUGUGGUAAAUGUAGCACUUAUCCUUGAGAUAUUAGACAAAACAUGUCAGACAGGUUUAAACACCCUUUGUUUUGAAAAUAGCUUUAUCAUUGAAGUUUAUGAUCCACUUGAAUAUCCUAUGAAAUAUGUAUCAUUUUUCUGUACCUUUUCUCUUUAUUUUGAUAUUUAGUAUUUGUUUUAAUACUGUUGUUAAUAUGUUUUCAUAUAAAUAUUGACAUUAUCACUCACUACCCCUAAAACCAAUGCUUUGACCCUAAAUAUUAAUAUAAAAAAUAUAUGUAGAUUUUAAGACAAAUAUUACUACUGUCUUCAUGGGUGGAACUGUCACAACUUUAAAAAAAACGUUUAAAAAAAUGUAUGAAUUAAAAAAUCAGGCAGUUUAAAGCAAUUGUACUUAUAUAACAGGAUUUGUUCCAUGACACAUAUUUUAAAGGAUCUGUGAUUUUUUUAUUUGUUUCUCUAUUUUAAAUUGCACAACAAACAAUGGAUGCCGAUUUAACGCAUGUCUUCAUUUCAAAAGCUCAAUGCUGUCGUACUCUGAUUGAAAAAAAGAAAACUUUAAAUAACCUUUUAAAAAUGAAGGCAUCAACUUUACAUUUUGUACUCAUUGGUUAGCUCUAAAUUAAAUUUUAAGGAAUUUUUAAAUAUUAAUUUUCCAAAUAAUUCGUACAAUUACAAAUUAUCACUUGGCAACAGUCUGUUGCUAAAAUUGACAAAAGUUGAGAGAUAAAAUUUUAAGUUGAUGCCUGAAUUUCUUUACAGUGAUUAAAUUUUGUUUUACAAUCCAAAAAUAAUUCAGUGGCGUGUGAAAUUUGUUUUUCAGUUCUGUUUUGCCUGUUUUGUCUCAGUGCUCAAGAAUGAGUGAGAGUGAAAUGAUGCUGAGAAAACUUUGUCACGUUCAAACUAUCUGCUCCCGUUUCACAACGUCACUGUGUGUAGCUACCUUUUCCAUUUAUUUCUGAUGAUAUCUUGCCUGUCAAAUCUGCUACACCAUUCUUUAUUGUUCUGAAUGAAUCCACAUCACAGGAGAACCCAGCACAUGUUUCUGGAUUUAAAGCACUGUCCUCUCCUCUAUAGCACAUGUCCCUGCAGACUGUUACAGUGGUAAACAGAAAGAAAUGUCUGCAUGCGAUUCUAUUUUUUCUAUUUCGUCAUUGAAAUAAGUAACCUGCCUGAGGAUUUGAUUUUUGGAAAAUAUACUGUAUAUGAGGGAAACAAAGUAUAUACUAAAAGAUAUGAAUAUAUAUAUAUAGUAGGAGUGAUAUUUUUCAAGAUCAUUGUGUCAACCACUGCUGUUAUGCUGAAAACAAACGAGACAAAGACACAGCAAAAAAAACAAAGAAGCUUAA